AUGGACCCAAGUCAGUCGACGCGACCAGCAUCCCAGUUGGUUGCUGGGUUUGCCUCGCCCUCGACUCCAGCAAGUGGGCGAAGGUCGCUGAGGCAAUCUACUCAAACUACCCAUUCCCAACCUUUACCGCAACACCCAUUGCGCGAUGCGGAGAAGGAUGAAUUACGGGUGCAAGUCAGCACCCUGAGAUACGAACUCGAGAAUAUCAAGCAAGAACAGGAACUACAAACCUUGCAACAUGAGAAGGAGACUCGUGAGAUUCAAAUAAAGGCGGAUGCGGACUUCCGAAAAGCGCAAGCAGCAGAGUCAGCAUCGAAUCGCGCCAUCAACAAGAGCGAAACCCUGGCAAAGGAACUAAAGGAGGCACAGGAGCAGGCACUCACUGACAGGACGAGCCUCGAACGCAAAAACCGAACACUGCAGGAUGAAAGACAAGCAUUACAAGAGGAGCUAGACGAUUCACAAGCACGUUUGUCCGACCAGGAGCGACACUCUAAGUAUCAGAUAAAUGAACUGGAAACCGUUCGUGCAUCUCUCCAAAAGACCAUUGAGGAAUUUCAAAAUGAUCUCCACGCGGCUCGCACCUCCCAGCAGACAACACAAGAAAAGUUGACUCAACGCGAAACCGAAGUUGCGGAGCUUGAGUCGGAGAACAUUCGCCUGAAAUCGGAGGGGAGCGAUGCCGAAGAACUGGCCGUUCUAAAAAGAGAACUUUCUGAACAAGUCAGCCAUAUUCGCGAAUUGGAGACGACGGGUCGGGAACAAGGCGCGGAACUACAAUAUCUACGGAAGGUCCAGAAGAAUGUCGAGGUGGUCCAGGAGCAAAAGAGGUCACUCGAGAACCAGCUAAUGGCUAUGAAAGACUUGGAGGCCGAGGUCGGUACACUGCAGAUUCAGAAACAGGUUCUCGAGGAUGAACGGCAAUCUUGGACCAGCCUGCUUGAAAACAACAAUCAAUCGGCUGAAUUCGAUUCUCCUGAAGCGGUUGUCAAAGCGCUGGCAGAGGCGCAAAUUGAAGUGGCGACGCUGGUUGAUCGACUUGGCACUGUUGAUGCGCAAUUCCUCGAGAGGGAUGAAGCGAUUAGGAUCUUGGAGAAUGAUAAAGCUACCCUUCGCCAAGAAAUCGAAAAGUUACGGGUCGCCUCUUCCUCUGCCAAUGGCUCUAGUGCAGCCCCCGCAGCAGCUGAGGCUCGGGCUAAGUCACGGCUGGAGCGACAGCGUGUUCUGGCUGUCAAGGAAGUCGAAUAUCUUCGGGCUCAACUCAAGGCUUUCGAUGAGGAGGAAAUCACAAUGAAUGAAGACAAGAGCUAUGACGAGCAAAAGGCGGAGCAGAUUGCACAAUUACAAAAAAUUGUGGAUGAGUACCGCAAUGAGCUCCAAACGGCGCACGAGGAACUUUCCAAGAGGGAGGCGCCACCUCCGCCAGCUCAAGAUGAUGGCCAGGCCCGGGGUACCAAGCGCCCCUUGUCAUCUGCAGAAGGCGAGGUCGACAGUGAACGUCUUUCUGUACUCACGCGGAAAAACCGCAAAUUGCAGGAGGCCCUCUCUAAAGCAGAGCAGGCCACGACACUUGGACGUCGAGAAUUGGAUGCCGCCAAGUCUCAAAUUAAGUCUCUCAAAUCUAAGUCGCGCACUCGUGUUCUCGAACUACGCGAUAAUCCGACCGCCGAGGCCGAGAAGAUCAAGAUGUCCACAUUGACAACACUACGUUCGGAGAACCAGGCUCUUCUCGCUCAGCUCCGCGGGGAGAACUCUGGCGUGAAAGCUGUCCCCGUAAGCACGCUUGACAGUCUCAAGCUUGAGAUGCAGGACAUGGAUCGCGUCAUUGCAGACAAGGAGAAGCGCAUGCGUCGUCUCAAAGAAAUCUGGACGGCCAAGAGUUCCGAGUUUCGCGAAGCGGUCGCCUCUCUCCUCGGCUUUAAACUUGACUUCCUCCCGAACGGCCGUGUUCGAGUGACUUCUAUGUUCCAUCUUUCUUCGGCCUACCGCCACGGCGAUGGCGACGAUCCCUCCAACUCCCGCGGCGCUGGUAGCAUGGGUGAUGGAGGUGAGAACUCCAUCGUUUUCGAUGGUGAGAACGGGACGAUGAAGAUCUCCGGGGACCGAAUAGUCUUUUCGCAAUGGAGAUCAAGCAUUUGA